AUGUCUUCGUCGGUGCAACAAGUUGUCAAGCGUGCCAAAUAUAAAUCCACCGUGAAAGAUCCUGGUACUCCUGGUGUUAUCAAAUUGACUCGACCGAAACUUGUUUUCAAGCCUAAUGAUCCAACAUCAAACAACAAGCUUGACGUUGAUUUCAGAUUAAUCAAAAGUCAAAAAAACACCAAAGAGGGGUCAAACAAACAAACGUGGCUUAAGCUUUUACAUUCUCAAGGCAGUUACAUCUUUGAGUUUGAAAGCUUUUCGGAUCUUCAUGUUUGCCGGGAAUUCGCUGCUGGUAUUAUUAGCAAGCCUGUAGAAGCUCCAAAAGUUGUUUCAGAUGAACAACUUAGCACUGCUGAAAUGACACUGAGGAUAAAGCUAUUGGGAGAAGAUAGUAAAUUGAAGAAGAUUCAUAAGGAACUUGUGAUGAGUGAUAAGCUUACAGAAUCAGAAUUUUGGGCUACAAAGAAGAAAUUGCUCGACCAAGAUGAAAGCCGAAAGUUAACACAAAGGAUUGGAUUUAAAAAUUGUUUGAUCUUCGACACAAAGCCUACUACUAGUGACGGUCGGAUAAAUAUAGUUAAAUUUCAAUUGACUCGAGAAAUAAAAUAUCAGAUUUUUGCUCUCAAACCAGCAAUUCACCAGGCAUUCCUCAAUUUUGUACCGAGUAACAUGAGCGAGGUAGAUUUCUGGAACAAAUACUUCAAAGCUGAAUAUCUCCAUAGUACCAAAAAUGCUAUUGCAGCAGCUGCUGAGGCUGCUGAAGAUGAGGAUCUUGCUGUUUUUUUGAAAGAUGACGAGAUAUUAAAAAAUGAAGCUCGAAAGAAGGUUCGACGGAUUGAUCCAACUUUAGACAUGGAAGCAGACCAAGGAGAUGAUUACACUCAUCUUCCUGACCACGGGAUCUUCCGUGAUGGUUGCAAGGAAACAUCUGAAGCUCAAAAUACUCUUUAUCGAAGAACGUUGUUGCAAGAUCUCAACAGACAAAGUGAGGUGGUUCUUGAAGGAAAAACUUUAGAUAUAGAUAUGGAACAUCCAAGAACAGAAGUAGAAGUGCUUGCUCGGAGAAAACAUGAAUCUGAUGGGGUUGUGGAGGAGAGGCGAAACAGAAUUUCUAAGACAGCCCAGAUUGAAGAUCUUCAGGCACAAGAUAAUCAUCCAUUUGUACCACUUUGUAUCAAGGAUCCUCGUGACUAUUUUGAUUCUCAACAAGCUAACGUAGUAAAAACCUUUGAUGAGUCCCUAGCCGAUAAGGAGAAAAUAAGACGCAAUUUGGGUUCUGAGGAAGCCUAUGACUCUUUGAGGGAGUCCAUAUCUAACAUCAAAACUAUGGGAUUAAGGGAUCCUCUAUUGAGUCAUAAGGUUGCUUUUAAGGUCCUUACUGUAUUGAAUAAAAGCAUCUCAAGCACAACUAAGGAGUGUGUCCUUGAUAUUUUACCCAACUCAACUAAGGAGAAACUACUAGAUCAUUGGGUUUGUAGUCAGGAAUUACUGAGGCACUUUUGGUCUUCUUAUCCAGUAUCAACACAAAGUCUUGUUAGUAAGGCUACAAGACUGAAAGACGCCAUAUCACAAAUAUAUUCUAAACUUGAGGAAAUAAAGGUAUCUGCACAGUCGAACCUACGGGACCAGGUUUCCCUUGUUGUCGAUCCAAUGCAGCAGGCUCUGGAUGCUGCUUUGUUACAUUACGAUGCUGACAUUCGGAGAAGAAAUGAUAAAGGGUCGAAGCCUAAUGGUUAUGUUUAG